CGCUGCUGCUGUGCCGUUGCUGCCGCUGUCGCUGCCGCCGCUCAGCCUUUUUCUGCUCUACCGGCGUGCACGCACACACACACACACAUACACACGGGCAUACACACACGUACAUUUCACUGCACAGCUGAUCGGCCUUUAUUAACUGAUUAUUCGUGGUGCUUGUCCAGUCGCGAGGUUUGACGGCUACGGGACUGAGUUCCACCGCUGGGUUUGCUGGCUUCGAUGUAGUGCCAGUGCAAUAUUUCUGGUAAAAGUGUGGCUCACUGUCUGUUCUAUUGGUGAAUCGAUAAGUGACGUAGGUGCUUGAACUCGAUUGAAUUGCAAGAGGUCGUUGGUCUCUCAACAAUCAAAAGUCUUUAUGAGGAGUUUUUGGAAGUGCAAUGAAGUGGAUUUCCAUACACUCGAUCAAUCAAGUAGCACCUCGGCAAGAUUGAUAGCCGCACAGUUCGACAACGGUCAACCGCUACUCGAAGGGUAAGGUGCGUCUCGACACCCGCUGCGAAGCCCAACUACAAUAAAGACUAGCAGGUAGCGAUUACACCAAGUACGGCGCUUCGUCAUCCGACGGCCAGCUUUGUACAGCAAAUACUCUUCUAUAUACCAAAGAAUACCCAUUGGAACCUUCGAUCGCUUUCGUAGGAUAACGUGCAGAGAUUACGAUAUGCGUGCUAAGUUGACAAAUGUUCCGACGACAUGUCAACCGUGGAGAAAACAUUAAUACCGAACCUCGCUGGUGAGUAAGAAGUGAACUACUGGACCGAGUGGUGCAGUGCUACGAUUGCUCGGCAGCGGGGAAUCCUCGAGCCGAAUCGUUAGUGGCUUCCGAGGAGAACAUUCGUCGCGAGUAAUGUCCGCGGAACGGAACCCCGUCGUUCGGGCAAGUAGACUGAUCUAAAGAGGCCGGGCUCGCGCUUGCGCGCGCGCUUCCAAGACUCGACAGCGGGUCUCGAUCUCUCGAGACGUAGACAAAGUUGAGUGCGAGUGUCGUGGUCGGGGCAGGAGCUGCUGCGCCGGCGACGACGACGCGCCAGCUAAGCUGAUACCCAACAUGGUGCUGGAGCCGGGGGGCGGGCUGUCGUUUCCGGCGCCCGCGGCGGCCACGAGCAGUUCGGCGGCCACCGUCGCCGCAGCCGCCGCCACCAGCUCGCUACUCGGCCCCUCGGCCCGACUCUUCCAGCGUGCACCUGUCUUCCCGUUUCACUUACCUGGCUGGCAUCAUCCCGGUACCAUGCUGCCCCAGGCCCAACACCAGGUCGCCGCCGCCGCCGUCAGAUUGUUUAGUCACCAUCCGCAUCACCCACACUCGGCCCUCGCUGGCCAUCCGUUGAUGCCUGGCAUCGGACCGCAUCAUCCGGCGGCGCAUCAUCUUCAUCAUGGGACUGAUCACAAUGAGGAUGACGACGAUAAGAAAGGUUGCGACGGCGAGAGCGACGAGGGUGGCAGUAAGAGGCGGCGCAGCCGCACGAAUUUCAACAGCUGGCAGCUUGAGGAGCUGGAACGGGCAUUUCUCGCGAGCCAUUAUCCCGACGUCUUCAUGCGCGAGGCCCUGGCUGUGAGGCUCGAACUCAAAGAGAGCCGCGUCGCGGUGUGGUUCCAGAACCGACGGGCAAAGUGGCGCAAGAAGGAGCACACGAAGAAGGGCCCUGGUCGGCCGGCACACAACGCCCAUCCACAGAGUUGCAGUGGCGAGCCUAUACCGCCGGAGGAGCUCCGUAGGAAAGAACGCGAAAGGCGGCAGAAGAAGCUCAUGAAGGCGCUCGAGAGGCAGCAGCGCAAAUUGGCCGCCAAGGGCAUCACAGUGGAUUUGUCGACGCUGAAAGCCGAAUGGGAGUCUCGAAACGCAGCCGGCGGCAGUGGCUCGUUGAACGGCAGUUUUUCCAGCAGCUUGAAUAAUAACAACGAGAGCAACAGUAUAUCGGGCAUCGACGCGAACGAGGAAAUUGACGUGGUAGGCGGACUGGAUUCGUGUAGCGAAAGCGGCAGCGAGCGAGUCGACUCGGCAGCCGACGGCUCGCUCGACGGCGAUGGCUACGAGCGUCGGCAACCGAGCGCCAGUAUCCGACUGAAUCACCAGCAAGGCAUCCAUCACUGGGGCUUGAGUUUGCUGGAACGGCGGCGGGAGUUGGUCAGUCUUGGGGCGAGCAGUCAAACGUCGAGCGCCGGCGACGAAGUCCAAAGUAGCAGUAUCGACUUGUCGGUCAAAGGCCGCGAGGAAAGGCGUCGGCUCAAUCCGUUCUCCAUCGACAGUCUGCUGGGCAACAACACGGUGGCAGCAGCGGAAAACAAGGACGCGAUACCGAUGUCGAUAGUCGCGGGAAGGGACUUCAAGUCACCGGCAGCGUCGCCAGUGUCGUCGGCCAGCUCGCUACCCACCUCGCCCACGCUCACGUAGUCUUGGCUGAGCUGGUGGAAGGGGGAUGCUUUUGCCCGCAAGACUGAGCUUCGAUGAUUCCUUCACCGUAGAACAUCUCAAACGCAUUGAUUGCUCGACUUGUGCGUUUCAUCAUUUUCGUGCCAUACCUGAAAUUACAAUCAGCGCGGCAGGUCGCUUGGCAAAUCCUCGGAUCAGUGAGUUCAAAGUGCGAUUUCUUCGACAACAACUUUAACUAUGUAGGGAGCAAAAGGAUGUAUAUUAAGUUUCGAGAAGUGAGGGGGGUUAUCCUUUUUGACGGCGCAUAUCGCUUGCCACAUAUCCAUACGAGCAGUACUAGCUGCGAAGCAAAAAGACAGAUAAGUAAAAGUGCCGUAUCUUCCCUUAUCGAUAGCUAAGUUGCUUUCUUUUUUCGUUCGUCGUAACUCACCGUAAUAAUUACCGUGCAAUAAAAGUGUCGGAGAGCUACGAGUCGAUCGAUUUUGUCCGUUCGUUCGUGAGUCGUAGAUACGUAGCCCGUUUUAGAUUGUUUUUUUUUGCGCGAGUCAAGUGUAUUUAUUGUAAAUAGUCAAGAUGAACUGAGAGAGAGAGAGAGAGAGAGAGAGAGAGAGAGAGAGAGAGAGAGAGAGAGAGAGAGAGAGAGAGAGAGAUGAAUGCGUAUAAUUUAAUCGACGUUGUAGUUUUAACGCGGAUACCCAGUGUUCGACGAUAACAUUCUGAAGCAAUAGCAGUGUGCGUUCUCCACGAAAAAAUGUGUAAAUGUAAAUAAUGUCGAGAGACGAGCGGAGCUUUAAACGACGAACAAACGAGAAAUAAAGAAAAAUAAAACACAGAAAUAUUAAACGAUGCCAUAGCCAUAGCGAACGAUUCCUCUCAUUUGAAAAAUUGCAGAUUAAUGCGUGCAAUACGAGAAAAAUUCAUGAAGCUGAUAUGUAUA